ACUACAACACGGAAGCCAAACGAUGAGCUUAUCAACAAGUUUCGCAAGUCGUUUCCCAAUGUCGUCUCGGAUGGCUCCAUGCCUGGCGAUAAUCGACAUGAUGGCUCCGUCAACCCGGCUGCUGUAGAGGGAGGAAUGCACGACAGAUUCGAAAAUGACCAUAUCAAGCAUCAUGACACGACUCCAAAGGGUCUUCAAGAUGUUAGAUUCACGCCAUCUGUCCUGGACCUAGCUUCCUAUCAAUUUAUGGACUUUGCAAACCAACCUCCAGGCUACUAUACUCCCACCGCCGGAGGCUUGACUACCAUGUACCACCAUCAAGCCGGCGACCUUCACACCCCGAUCCCUUAUAACCUUGCCACUCCCCCCUCAAUUCCUAACACCAUCCCUUCAAAUUUACCAGUUGACCCCAACGGCGACAUAAAUCUUGACUAUCAGAACAUGCAAAACCAGUUCAUGCCCCAACAGUUCCAGAAUAUAGAUUCUUUCACCGAGCAAGCAGGAUUUGCCGCCAACUCAUAUAUGCAUCAGGAUUCAGCGUACGACUCUAUGGACAGAUCAGACGAGUCCUCGAUGGACCAAAUGGCGAUUCCAGGUGCCCAGCCAAUGAAUAUGAUGAUGCCGAAUGUUGGGUUUUCAGAAGAGAUGGAUAUGAGCGCCGAGACGCAUGGCGAGAAGUUCCGCUACGGCGUCUCGUUGCGCGCCCCAACCGCUAUGAUCAAACAAUCAGAUGAAAUCCCUGUCACAUACCUCAACAAAGGUCAGGCAUAUUCAUUAUCGGUCGUUGACACGACUCCCCAUCCCCCUAGCUCUCAACCCUGCAAGUAUAGGACCUACAUUCGUGUCUCUUUUGAAGACGAACAGCAGAGAUCGAAGCCGUCUGCUUGCUGGCAAUUGUGGAAGGAGGGCCGCGGAUUGAACGAAGCCUACCAACGAGGUGGCAAACUGCUCGCCGUCGAAUACGUUGACCCGAACCAGAGCGGAGAAGAAGGCCAACGAAACAGUCGGGUCGAACUCGAACACGCUUCAUUCGAUGGGUUCUGUGUUACUUGGACCGCUAAUCCAGCCACCGGAAAUGCGGAUUGUGCCCUAUCCGUUCGCUUCAAUUUUCUCUCGACCGACUUUAGCCAUUCAAAGGGCGUCAAAGGCAUCCCUGUCCGGUUUUGUGCCAAGACAGAGGUGCUAACACCAAACGACGCGGUAACCGGCCUGCCCACUUCUGAGGUAUCCUAUUGCAAAGUGAAGCUUUUCCGUGAUCAUGGUGCAGAACGGAAGCUAUCCAAUGAUAUUGCUCAUGUGAAGAAGAACAUGGAAAAGCUUAAACAGCAAAUAGCCCAAAUGGAGAUGGGUGGAGGUAAUAUUGGCAAACGCAAACGAAGCAAUGUGUCUAUAGCGACCAAGGUUUCUGACAAUCGACCAGUCAAACUUUCCAAGCACAAACGCACGUGGUCAAUCGACUCCCAAGAGGGCGGCGGCAAACUUUCCCCCGAAGACGAUCUCCACUACCGAUACUCGAUGUUGCAGGACAUGUUCUCGUCCACUCGACCGAUCAGCGUAUUAAAUCUACGAGGCGACGACCUCGACGAUCCCGAUCUUUACCCUGUCUCAUUACCGGGCGACACUGCCGAGCAAAAGUUCGAACGCCUUUCUCGUCAAAAUACCGGUGGAUCGCUACACAGCGUCAAUACAGCUCCGGGCGUCUCUAGUAUCAUGUCCCCAACUAACAGUAGUGUCUCGCUUAACUCUCCUCUUCGACCGGCGGAACGACAAUUGCCUAAUCAUGCGUCUGGUCAUAAUGAAUCAAUGGAUUGGUCCAAUAUUAACACGCAGUCGUCUACUAUCAAUCAGCCUGUGAAGGUCAAGAAGAACGCCACUACUGGCUACAUUGAAGCCAUAGACAUCGAUCCAACAUACAAGCCGCCAUCGGAGUGUCCUCCGAAACCAAUCGCGUGUUUCUAUGUCCGGUUCCCUUCUGGCCAAGGGGACGACUAUUACCGUGCAGUUUACUUGACUGAGCGCACUGUUCACGAUUUGAUGCAGAAAAUUUCGGAAAAAUACCAGAUUGAAACCGAUCGGAUUGUUCGGAUCCUUCGCAUCAAUCACAAUGGACUAAAGAUUAAGGUGGAUGACGACGUGGUCCAGCAUCUCCCGGAAGGUCAAGACAUGGUAGCUGAAUUCUCGGAUGCAUCUAAGUUCGAUAUUCCUACGCCCGACAUUGGCACGCCCACCUCAGCCAUCGAAGUUAACCUAAAAUACUGA